UUCUUUUUUUCUCCCUUUCUUUUUUUCUCUUUUCUAUAUAAAUGUAAUGCAUACGUAUGAUUUUUGUUACUCAUGGACAAUAGUGAUAUGCCAAAAACAAACAAAGACUUUCAAGAAAACGACGAGGACUUUUUUCAAACGUUUAUCAACUAUAAUGGAGAUGAAGAUAUAGAUGUAGGAUCAAUCAAACAAGACAACAACGCUACCGCAAUUCAAUUCACGUUUCUCAAGCCUAAUAUUGACGUCUCAAAUUCAAAAAAGAAUAACCAACAUUUAUAUGGCAAUCCUUCCUUUAUGAUUGAUGAACCAACAUGUGAAUUAGAUGACUUUAGUUUUGAGUUUGAAAUAGUAGAACAACCUCAACAAUGUCGAAUAUCCAACUAUGGAGCCAAGGACAGAAGACCCAUUGAUCCUGCGCCUAUUCUUCGUCUAAGAAUAUUAAACGAGAAAACAGUCGAUUUUCCACCAUUUUUUGUGGUUCAGGUAUCGUUAUGGUCUGCAGAUAUGAAACGACAGUUGGAUUUGGUCAAAAAUAAACACCAGGCAUUACGUACACUAAUGGGUUCAGUAGUUGCUUCUCCUUCUUUAUUGAAGGAUUUGGAUGGUCAAGAAGCAUAUUAUUUUGCUUUUCCUGAUCUCAGUGUACGUAUGACAGGGGAAUAUCGUCUUCAAUUUACUUUGAUGCAUCUAACAAGGAGUAAAAUAAUAAAAUCUCUCUUUUCUGAACCAUUUACAGUUUAUUCUGCAAAAGCAUACCCUGGCAUGAAAGAGUCAAGCGAAUUAGCAAAACAUUUAUUUAGACAAGGAUUGAAAUUGACCAUUCGAACACAAAAUAGUGCCCGAGACACAGUAAAAUGACACAAAAUUUGAGAGUCACUUCUGAAGCUACAUUUUGUCAAGUUAGACAUGUACAUAAUAAAACUGUUUGUUUUUAUCCUCAUUGG